AUGGCAGCCUAUCCCGAGAGCUGCGUGGACGCCACCGUGCUGGAAUUCGUCGCAGACCUGUCCCUAGCCUCCCCGGGGCACCCUCUUCUCUGCGACUUCGCACCCGGGGUCCCCUAUGGAGACCACCAGGACCUUGUGCUCCGAGAGGAAGGACCCAGGAGUCUGGCGCGUUUUGAGGACGAUCCAGAGGAAGAGGAGGGUGAAGUAGAAGAGGGGGGAAACGAGGAGGAAGAGGAGCACGGGAGAGGCGCCUCCCUGCUGGGCCGCCCCAAGAGGAAAAGAGUGAUCACGUACGCCCAGCGCCAAGCCGCCAACAUCCGAGAGAGGAAGCGGAUGUUCAACCUCAACGAGGCCUUCGACCAGCUGCGGAGGAAGGUACCCACUUUUGCUUACGAGAAGAGGCUGUCUCGAAUCGAGACCCUACGCCUGGCCAUCGUCUACAUUUCCUUCAUGACCGAGCUCUUGGAGAGCUUCGAGAAGGAAACCGGCUGA